AUGGUGCCCACCCAGAGUGAAGAACAAAACGAGGCUCAAGUACCAAAGAGCCAAACAAAAAUAGUUAAUGAGCUAAUAGAAAAUAAAGACGCCAUCUGCUCAUGGUGCUUUGAUGUACUAAAGUGUGAAUUAAAAAAUGAGAAAUUUGAUAAAGCGCCCCCGCUGAUCCAGUCACUACAUAACAGCGGAUUCAAGAUCCCCUUCUUCGUCAAAUGGAUGAAGCUGAAUGACGUGAAAGACAUGGGGUCCUAUGAUUACGAUGCGUAUGAACUAAACGGCUGUAUAGGCUGCUUAAACGAAGUAGAUAUAAUGGAGCUGCGUUAUUAUGCUUUAGAGAGUUCCCUCAACGACACAAGAUUUUAUCCCAUCACAUUACAAGAUUUUCCUUUCCUGAUUGUAACCAUAACGUAUUUAUUUAACUUUGAAAAAUGUGCACAUGUGUACGACUGGAUCAUUGGAAAGCAUGGCAUUAAAAUCAGCUUUGUCGUGAACAAGAAGAGGUACUCGUCGACCUUCUUGCCCGAGGUCGCUUCCCAGCAUAACUUUGACCACCAAACGACCGUCAAGAAAUUAAUUAGGAAGGCAAACUACAGGGGGGAAAUCAACGAUGAGCUUUUGGAGGGUAUAGAGGUGGAGCGCUAUGAGGGGAUCAGCUGCAGCCUCACCCACGUGGACUAUGAAAAGAAGGAGUUUGCACAUUUCCCCUGUUUUUUAAGAAGAUGGUUACAUAACAACCGCAGGGAUACACGUCACAUGUCCAGUCGGAGGGGAAUCGAACCAUGUUUGAGUGAAAUGAAGAGGAAGGGAUGCGAUGUAAAUGUGUUGAGCUUGGUAAUAAGUAACAACAACCUGUGCUACUGCUUGCUGAGGAAUAAAAUUAUUAAAAAAAUUGGACUGAUUAACAUUAAAAAGGAUUUCCAACCCUAUGAGCAGGGCCCCUCCAGCACUCGAAAGGGAAAGCAUAACCUCGACAAGGAGGAAUUAACAUACAGUUAUGACCGAGAGGACACCCCUCUGAGCUUUAACAUACGGGAAAUUCUAACCGUUUUGAAUUUGGUCAAGUUGCAUUCCGAUGGGGAUGUGCAGCCCGGCGAUAGCUCCAACGAUAGAGGCAACGAUGGCGCUGCUCAGUGGAACCAGCCGAGUAACGCGCCAAUGGGCACACACGCAGGAACGGCCCAAAGGGGGGAAGAAGAACAACAACAGCAGCGGAAACCGCAAGAAUGGAUCAUCGGGAUCGAAAAGGUAAAUGAUAAGUACGAGAAGAACAGAACAAAGGAAAAGAUCCUCUCCGUCCUCGUGUACUUCCUAAACUCAAUUUUCAAGUGUCAAAUUGUUUUUUUCUGUCCUAAAGAAGCGAGAAAGUACUUCAGCACGAAGUGUAACUGUAGCUUGGAGACGCGCGAAGAAACGUAUAAGUACAUAAAGGACAAGGUGCGGAACUUCCCAACUGUAAGUAAAAGUGAUAACAAGGUGAACUGCCUAUUCAGUGACAGCUACGUCAUGGCGUUUUAUACGUACAGGUACUACAUGCACCACCUGGUGAAGAAUAACCGAACCGUUUUUAACUACCUCGAAAGUGAAGUGCGGAGGAAUAGGAGCUUUAAUAACAUUCUACAGAGCUUGAAGCGUGUGGAAAAUGAACAGUGCUCGUACGACAUGAGGGAGUUGCUCCGGGACAGAAUUGGCCGCAUCGUGGACCGCGAGUCUUAUAGGUUGGUUGACAAGCACAUGGUAUGA